GAUUUUUCCUCUUAAUACUAUACCUGCUUCCUCCUCCCAUUUUCAGUAUGCUUAGAAACUUAUCUGUUGUUGCUAAACGUAGCAAUUCCACUGCCGCUACCUUGCUCAAGACACCAUUGUAUGACUGCCAUUUACAAUAUGGUGGUAAGAUGGUGCCAUACGCUGGCUUUGAGAUGCCCGUGCUUUACAAGGGACAAAGUCAUAUUGAAUCCCAUAACUGGGUUAGAAACAAGUGUGGUUUGUUUGAUGUUUCUCACAUGUUACAGCACAAGUUCACUGGAUCUGAAGCAGCAGCUUUACUUCAAAAGAUUACCCCAAUUGACUUGAGUAAGUUACCAAUCAAUUCUUCUUCUUUGACCGUUUUACUCAACAAGAACGGUGGAAUUAUUGAUGAUUGUAUUAUCACCAAACAUGGCGAACAAGAUUACUACAUGGUCACAAAUGCAGGAUGUAGAGAAAAGGAUACUGCCUUCAUUAAGCAAGAAAUUUCAGACUUUGGAGGAAACAUUAACCACAACACUUUUGAAGGUACUUUGUUGGCUAUCCAAGGACCAAAGGCUAAGGAAAUCUUACAAAAAUUCACUAAUGAAAACUUGAAUGAAGUUGUUUUCGGUCAAUCUAAAUAUUUGGACUUGUCAUCCAUUAUUAACUCACAAAUUCAUUUAGCUAGAUCUGGUUACACUGGAGAAGAUGGAUUUGAAUUAUCGAUUCCUUCUGAUAACAGUGUUCAAGCCAAAGAAGCGCAAGAUUUUUUCAACAUUUUGAUCAAUGAAUAUCCAGAAGUGGUAAAACCAAUUGGUUUGGCUGCCAGAGACUCCUUAAGAUUGGAAGCUGGUAUGUGUCUUUAUGGUCAUGAACUUACAGAAGAACUCACUCCUGUGGAGGCUAGUUUGGCUUGGUUAAUUCCAAAGAGUCGUCGUGUUGAAGAAUCUAACCCAUUUAAUGGUUCUAGUAAGAUUUUGCAACAAUUGGCUGACAGAACUACAUUCACUCACCAAAGAGUAGGAUUCCUUUCCAAGGGUCCAUCUCCAAGAGAUAAUAACAAGAUCCUCGACAAAGAAGGAAACGAAAUCGGAUAUAUAACAUCUGGUUCUCCAUCCCCAACCCUUGGUGGUAACGUUGCACAAGGUUACAUUAAGAGAGGAUUACAUAAGAGUGGCACUGAAAUUGAUAUUGAAAUCAGAGGCAAAAAGAGACCUGGUGUUGUUGCCAAAAUGCCAUUUGUUCCAAACAACUUCUACAGAGGUUAGAAGAUGUCUAUAAAUAGAUAAAAAGAAGCGAAAAAAGAAAAGAGUAAUACAUACAAAGGGAAAUAGCAAA